UCGUGUUUCCCUGCUGAGUGGUCGAGAUGCAUAUAAUGUUCAUGCACUGUAAUAGGGGGAGGAGAAAAGGGUUGUGCUUGGUUGUCGCAAACAAUAGCAGGCUUGCAAGGUCUUUCUUCAGCUGUCAAAACUUGUUUUCUCAUGAAUGCAGAAAGCGUUCAGCCUCCGUAGGAAUGUGUGCUGUCUUAAUGGUGAUUUUGCCACCUUUCGCCACAUUCCCAUUUUGGCAUCUUGUUUCAUUGCCCUUUUUUGUCUCAUAUUUCUUUAUGCCUCCUUGGGUUGAGUUGUUCUCUCGCCAUCCUAGAAACCACUGGAAUCUUAUGCGGUGCUCCUUACCAAAGCCUGUGUCUUACAGUGGCCUGAUGGCCAGCGAUGAUGGUGCCACUGUCUUAAAACCUCUGUCUUGCAUGAUGGAAGACUUACCAAGCUCUUCUGUAGUUGAUUAAUGUACCUCCAGAUGCCCUUCUGGUUCCUGCUGGAAGAUGGAAGAGAAGGAAGAAAGAUAAUAGUCUUUGACCACCAUGAGUUGGAGUUUCCUGACACGUCUAUUAGAGGAAAUCCACAACCACUCCACGUUUGUUGGGAAAAUCUGGCUGACGGUGCUGAUCGUAUUCCGCAUUGUCCUCACUGCUGUGGGAGGAGAAUCUAUCUAUUACGAUGAGCAAAGCAAAUUUGUAUGUAACACGGAACAGCCAGGUUGUGAGAACGUUUGCUAUGAUGCUUUUGCCCCCCUCUCCCACGUGCGUUUCUGGGUUUUCCAGAUCAUCCUAGUCUCUACACCCUCAGUGAUGUACCUGGGCUAUGCCAUUCACAAAAUUGCCCGGAUGGUAGAACAUGGUGAUCCGGAGAGGAAGUUUCGAAGCAAGCCUUUCCCAAUGCGCUGGAAACAACACCGGGGCUUAGAAGAGGCAGAGGAUGACCAUGAGGAAGAUCCAAUGAUGUACCCAGAGAUUGAGGUGGAGAGUGAGCGAGAGCAGAAGGAGAAUCCAGCCCCAACCAAAAAGCAUGAUGGCAGGAGGCGAAUUCGAGAGGAUGGGCUCAUGAAGAUCUAUAUAUUACAACUCCUAAGUAGGACCAUGUUUGAAAUUGGCUUCCUUAUCGGCCAGUAUUUCCUCUACGGGUUUGAAGUCAGCCCUAAAUUUAUUUGCAGCAGACUGCCAUGCCCGCACAAAAUAGACUGCUUCAUUUCGAGGCCCACAGAAAAAACCAUCUUCCUGCUCAUCAUGUAUGGUGUGAGUUGUUUGUGUUUACUGCUGAACAUCUGGGAAAUGCUUCACUUAGGAUUUGGCACCAUCCGGGACACACUGAACAAUAAGCGGAAAGAGCUGGAGGAGUCGGGGACCUAUAAUUAUCCCUUUACUUGGAAUACACCAUCCGCUCCUCCAGGCUACAAUAUUGCAGUAAAGCCUGACCAGAUACAGUACACGGAACUAACUAAUGCCAAAAUAGCCUACAAGCAAAAUAAGGCCAACAUUGCACAAGAACAGCAAUAUGGGAGCAACGAAGAAAACAUUCCCAAUGAGCUGGAGAACCUCCAGCGAGAAAUCAAAGUCGCUCAGGAACGUUUAGACCUCGCCAUCCAGGCUUACAAUAACCAGAACAACCCUGCCUGUUCCAAGGAGAAGAAGCCGAAAGGCAGCUCCAACAAAAGCAGCGCAAGUAGUAAAUCAGGGGAUGGGAAAACAUCCGUCUGGAUUUGAUGCUGCUCACCUGGGAUUUAUUGGCUGACUGUUUUCCCUUGCAGGUGAUAGUUUGUGAUCACGACCAAACUUGUUGUAUGAGGACUUUCACUGGACAAAAAAUUUGGGUUUUGUUUAAAUUCAGGGAUAUUGGAGACUGCCGAAUAAGAGACUCCAAAAUGGUGACCAUCGUUUAUGCUCACCACAUUCUGAUGUUCCAGAACGUGUAUACUUGUUUCUUCCAAGACAGGGGAAGACCCAGCUAUAUUGAUUUUUAAAAAAAAAAAAAA